AUGGCAUAUAACGCAUUCCAGAGUACAGGACUUUCGGAUGACGAUGAAGAUGACUCGACCUUUGUCAACGAAACUUACAGGCCAUGUAAAAUACUCUAUGUAAUGACCAGUACUGGUGUGCAUUCGCUACGAAACAUCGGUCCAAAUUAUCGCGUACUACUUGUGAAAUCAAGAUUCAUUGCUUCACUGUUGAAGAGAGGAAUUGUCCCUCAUUCCGGCCAUGACUGCGCAUUAUCUUAUGGAGGUAGAGAGUUAGCAGAUCAUGAAACAUUGGAAAGCUGUCGCAUUGGGGAUGAAGCAACUGUAAAUGCUGUUGUGUGGGAACAGAAUCCUAACUCGCCUGGCUUCUCGGGCCAUGCAGUAAAUUCAAGCUCAAGGAUCAGCCAUGAAGAUGAGCAGAAGACCAACCAAUCUAAGCGCGGCAGAAGUCCAUUAAAUUCAGCAGAGGAAAAUGGAUUGGAGGAUCGAGUACUUUGGCGUGCUCCAGCUUCGAAAAAGCAAAAGUCAGUUAGAUUUACUGAGCAAGAUGAUACUAUUCCCCACCCGCCAACAUCUUCGCGUUCGUCAUUGCCUUCACAAAAUCCAAGUCCAGAACAUUAUAUCAUGUCAGGAGUGUUAGAACCAACAGAUAGACCUCUGGAGUUCCACGAUAGUUUGGUCCGAGAUAGUCCACCAAUAGGUCUUCAACGAAGACAAUCUCUUGGAGAAUUGUCAGGACCCAUAAUGCCAAAAACGUCUUUACGAUCCCCGACUUUCUACGGGAGUUCCACGCGAGAACCAGAAAUGCCCAUUUGUGCUUCUUAUGAUGCUUUCGGAUAUUCUAUUACGCCGCGAGACGCUUCUAAAAGAGAUUUUCAAAGAAGUUACAACAUAUUGAGACAUUCGGAUAGAACUUCCCACCGCAGAAUGGAAUACGAUUCCUCUUCAACUGCAGUACGUUUUACUCCGAAACUUCAAAAUGGACAUUCACUGACGUCCCAUUCUUUUCCUGCAGUACGAAACACCGCGUAUGUUCGACCUCCAGGAAUUGGGCCAACAUCUGGACCCUUACCUUCAUCGUCGUUUAUUGGAUCGUUAAAUCCCGCUCACGUAACAACAACUCUGUCUCCGGAUCCAUAUCAACCAUUGUUUCCUCCCAAUUCCCAGGAGAUACUUUCAUUCAAACCAAAAUCACCCAUUCGACAAAAUCCUCCAUCCACAGAUCCUCCAUUCACAGAUCUUCUAGCAUCAUAUGUGCCAUUACCUUCAGGCUCACCAUCAAUAUCAAGUUUAUUCAUUCACAGAUACCUUUUGUCUCAACGUUCCGAUUCGAGUUCCAGGCCAAUACUCGAAUCAACUCCAACAUCAACUUCAUCGCAUCAGCCAUCAAAUCUUUACUUUUUAAGGUCCACACCAUCAUCUAUUCUCCAAUCAUUGAAUUCGUAUUUCUCAACACCGUCACCAUCGUCCCAGUCAUCUCAAUCACCAUCUGUUCUCCAAACAUUGAAUUCAUAUUUUUCAAACACAUCCCCACCUCUUCCGAAAUAUCUUCCUUCCCAGACAUCAUCCCACAGCCCUUCAUAUUCCCCACAACCUACCAACCAAAACUCGAUGGACUUCGAUUACUUCCAAGCUGCCCGUUCUAAAGGAUCGUCCUCACCACCAAAGCUUCAUCCAUUAAAUUCUCCUCUUCCACCACCACCGCCGCCCCCACCUCAGAUCAGGGUUGAACCACCAUCAACAACAUUCUUUCCAUAUGCUGGUCAACCUUCAUCAGAUAUUCAAUGGGAUAAACCAACACUCCCACCACCAUCGCCCAAAGCAAAUUAUUUGCAGGCAGAUCCUUUUUCCAAGUCAGCUCUAAAAAGUCAACCUCAACCAAAAGCACCCGGAAGGUAUCCCCCAACGCCAUCACCACCAUCACCACCAACUCGUCAUAUUCGCUCACCUUAUUUCCAUAACCCUUCCCCUUCCCGUUCUCCUUCACCUAACAGAGCAGAAAAACAAGAACAAUCUCAACUUCCCCACAGUCCGUCCUUUUGCGGCUACUAUCCUCUUCCAUCAAAAUCUAUUUCCGAUCCUCUAGCUGCAUCUUCUCUUCCAACACCAGAGCCUACACCUCUCACCUUCACAGAGCGUCCCAAGAUAACAUCACCAAAUCCUCCCGCAACAAAGUCGAAUAUCUCGAAACAAUUAUACUACUCUUCUCACUCUCCUCUCCCAACAGGAGAGUCCCCUAAAGGCUCAAUUGCAAUUCCUUCGCUCGCACACGAGAUUCUACCAGAAGAUUUCCUAGCCUAUCAAACAGUGAGACAGCUUAUAGAACUUCAAGGAUGGGAAAUGAACCAGGGAGAAUGGCGAUCGAUACGGGAGGUAUUAAAAAAAUGCCAAAAGGGGGAGAACGGUGCGAGGGAUAAUAUACAAGUACUUGCCAAGGGAGUUGUUGAGUUAGAGGAAAACGGUGUUGAGAUGAGUUGA